AUUUUGAAAAAAAAAUGAAAGAACUAUGAUAUUAGUCGAAUUUUAAGUAAAAAGAAAGGGAAUUAAUUUCUUUUAAUUUAAAUAAUGGGCGUUUGCUUAUGUAAGGAUAAAGUAGAAUUAGAUUACACAAAUAAUGAUGAUGGACCAGACAUAUAUACUUUGAUAAGAACUCCAAAUGAAGGAGGAAAUGGAUGUAGCAUGAAUAAUAAUAAUAAUCAGCGAAUUUCUGAGCGUGUUGAUGAGUUGGUAAAAGAAACGCUGGAUGUGAUUAGUACGAUAGUUGAUGAUGAGCCUGAAACCCCAAAUUCUAUGCUUUUACUUCAUGAGAUAACAGAUCGUCCAAAAGGCUGGUUAUGUCUAGUUAGAAGCUUAAUUAGAGUAAUUCCAAUUGAUCACGCAAUGGGACCGUCUGUGAUUACACUUCUUUUAGACGAUUCUCCAUUGCCUUCAAGGGAAUCUGUCGAGCAGGUUGCACAGAUGAUAACAGAAACGAAUACAACGAUACCACAUGAGAGAAAUUUGUGUGUAAUUUUGGGAUGUCUGGCCGAAAAACUCGCAGGUCCUAUUGCAAUUCUGAAUGAUACAACACUGUCGUAUCUCCUCAAUAAUAUCAGUUCCAAUGAGACACCAAAAGAUGUAAAGCUUUUCUCAUUAAUAGCACUCGAAAAAUUCGCCCAAACAGCUGAGAACAAAAGUACAAUCAAAAAGAAACUCUUAUCUUAUGCGGAACAUCCUUUAUUACAUCUUGAAACACAUUCAAAUGAUAUUGAUGACUAUACAUUACGUCAAAUUGGAUUUUGUGCAAAGUGGAGCUUAGACAAUUACUUUUUAGUAGAAGACAGAAAAUAUUCUUAUCAGACCGUAGAUGCUGAGAAAAUUAAUGUUAUGCUUAAUACAAAAGAUGUCAGUGAAUAUCUGAAAAUAUCUGCCGAUGGACUUGAAGCUCGUUGCGAUUCGUACUCUUUUGAAUCAGUUCGAUCGACAAUAUCUGUAAAGACGGGUGCAUGGUAUUAUGAAUGCUUAAUUAUAACUAGUGGAGUAAUGCAAAUUGGAUGGGCUCAAAAGGAAUCACAUUUCUUGAGUUCUGAUGGCUAUGGUAUUGGCGAUGAUUCAUAUAGUGUUAGCUUUGAUGGCUGUCGGAAACUUAUUUGGCAUAAUGCUAAAUCGACACCUAUUAAUUUACCAAGAUGGAAACCUGGUUCUAUAUGUGGCUGUUAUAUUGACUUAGAUGCAAAACAAGUUAUAUUCAGUUUAGAUGGGUGUGAAGGUUUUGUUUUUGAUGAGGUUUUCAUUGAUAAAAGUAACGAAUUAGGAUUUUUCCCUGCUGCUUCUUAUAUGAGCUUUCAGCAAUGUAGAUUUAAUUUUGGAUCGGAGCCUUUUGUAUAUCCACCAAGUCGACCAUUCAACAUUUUCAAUGAUAAAGCAGUAUUAACGCCGCAAGACAAAAUUGUUCUUCCACGACAUUUGUAUCUCGAAGAGCUUAGGAAAUUGAGUGUUUCAGACGAUUCAUGUUCGUUGUGUUUCGACGCAUUGGCAACGAUACAACUUCUUCCUUGUAAUCAUACUGGAUUCUGCAGUAGCUGUACAAAAUUGCUUUCAAACUGUCCCAUAUGUAGAGCUGAUAUUGUAAAUAUUAUAGAGACAACAAUUAAUCAGGAACCACAGUCGAAUGGGCAAGCUUCAUGAUGAUUGAUAGAAAGAGAGAGAGAUUAAUAUCUGAUUGUUAAUUGCUUUAUGCACCUGUUUUCAUAUUUCGUUUACGUUUUUACUAGACUUCCUUUUUUUUUAAAAAACAAAACUCCUUUUUAAUUAUUAAAUUGUACUUAAACAGUGAUAAUCAAUGAAGAAUAAUAAUAUUAAUACCUGUGUGGAUUCAAAUUUGCUCGUCUGAGUAUUGAAGCUAUGCUGCCUCCUUAACAAUAUCCGUGUUACGAAGAUAAUUCUCUAUUUUUUUAUAAUACUUAUCAAGAAUCAUUCAGUAAGUCAGAGAACGUUAUGUAUACAUAGAAAUAGAUUCCUUAAAGCUUCUUCCUCCAUAAUCAAUCGGAACAACAAAAAAAUAUAUAUCGAUUAAGUACUAUCUCUAAAAUUACCUAAUUAUAAAUUUC